AUGAAGGUUUCUGUCGUCCUCGUUCUCGCUGCUGUCGCCAUCGCUCCUGCCCAUGCUGGAAACCCGUCUAAGAUGAAGGAUUUACCCACCGAGACUUCUUCGGAGUCAGAAGGGCUCGGCGGGUCUUGCAACUUUGCUUGCAUUAAAAUGAUGAGUCCCGUGACGGACGAGAACGGAGUCACGUACUCGAACGAGUGCAUGAUGCGUGCAGCCAAGUGCAAGGGAAAUUGGAAUCAGGACCCCUUGGAGGAGUACAAGCGUGUUUACGGCAAACACUUCGGUGCCCCACGCGAUGACGACGAAGAUGAAUCCGCCAGCUCGGAUACGGUCAUUCAGGGCGAAGACUCGGACAAGGACGAAUCAGCAUCUGAAGAAGGCUCAGCUGAAGGCACUCCAAAGUCGUACUGCCCCAACAUCGUGUGUCUUGACGUGUAUGAACCCGUGACUGACGAGAAUGGCGUGACGUACCCUAACCAGUGCUCAAUGGAUGUCGAGAAGUGCAAGGGUCCGAGAGAAGACGUCUAUGACGAAUACAAGCGGAUCUACGGCAAGGACGAGGACAGCAGCAGCCCAUCGCCGGCAACAAAAAUGGUGAAGGGUACAAAGGACUCUGGUAAGGCGAAGAAGUCUACUAAGUCUUCGUCAACCACCUCCAGCGGUGUUGGACAUAUUUACGAGGACGGCUCAGAAGGUUUCAUUGACGAUGGUGACUCGAAGCCUAGCAAGAAAUGUGCGACUGCCUGCCCCGACGUCAAAUUUUAUGUUUGCGGCUCCGACGGUGUCUGGUACUCGAAUCCGUGUGAGCUGAAGAUUGCUGCCUGUGAGAAUCCGGAGCAGAACAUCGUGGAGAAAGAUGGCGCCUGCAGCUCAUUCAUCCUGUUAGCCAUAAGCUCACGCUAA